UUCUCAGCCGGGUCGGUUAUGUUCAAAUCCAUCUGCCCCCUCUCUAAUCAAAAUCUCUCUCUCUCUCUCUCGCUCUCUCUCUCUCUCUCCCAAAUUUAAAACUUGAAAAAACAAAAUUAAUAACAAAAAACCAGUCCACCUUCACUCAACUCUACUCACCUGUCUCUCCAAUUUGGGUUUUGGAUUAGUGUAAGGCUCUGCUGAUUCGUUUGUUUCGAUUUCGAAUAAUAAUAUGUCGUUACUUAGUAGAUUCUUUCAUAAAAGACCCCCUGAUGGCUUGCUUGAGUUUCUCGAGAGAGUUUACGUUUUUGAUUCGUGUUUCUCGACGGAGGUUUUGCCUGAGGGGAUAUACCAACUGUAUUUACAUGAGAUUGUUAAUGAAUUGCAUGAGGAGUUUCCCGAGUCGUCUUUUCUUGCUAUUAAUUUUAGAGAAGGUGAGAAAAGGAGCUCGUUUGCGGAGAUUUUGUGUGGGUAUGAUGUUACGGUUAUGGAUUAUCCGAGACAGUACGAGGGUUGUCCUCUCUUACCGAUGUCUUUAAUUCAUCAUUUUCUUCGUGUUUGCGAGAAUUGGCUUUCACGUGGGAGUCACCAGAAUGUUGUUUUGCUUCAUUGUGAGAGAGGGGGGUGGCCGCUUUUGGCGCUUAUUUUAGCUAGUUUAUCGGUGUUCAGAAAACUGCAUGGAGGAGAAAGGAAAACUCUUGAACUUGUUUAUCGAGAGGCUCCUAAAGGGCUGCUCCAGCUGUUAUCACCGUUAAACCCGUUUCCAUCCCAACUUCGUUAUCUUCAGUAUGUAUCUAGAAGAAAUAUAUCUCCAGACUGGCCUCCUGCUGAACGUGCUAUUUCUUUGGAUUGUCUUAUUCUUCGUGGUAUUCCAAGAUUUGAUAACCAAAACGGGUGCAGGCCUGUUAUUCGUAUCUUUGGGAGAAACCUCCUUAGCAAGGGUGGGCUUUCGACCCAGAUGUUAUUUACCAUGCCCAAGAAAAAUCGAAGCCUCAGAUACUACUGUCAGAAGGAGAGUGAUGUCAUUAAAAUUGAUAUUCAGUGCUUGGUACAAGGGGAUGUCGUGUUAGAGUGUGUUCAUUUAAAUCUAGAUCCUGAUAGGGAAGUUAUGAUGUUCCGGGUGAUGUUUAAUACUGCUUUUAUCCGAUCUAACAUCUUAAUGCUCACCUCUGAGAACUUGGACAUUCUAUGGGAUUCAAAGUCAAGGUUCCCGAAAGGUUUUCGAGCUGAGGUUCUUUUUGGAGACAUUGAAAGCAUACCUCCCCCUGAAGCUCCAACAUCAAUAUUAAAUGGUGAGGAGAAAGGUGGACUGCCCAUGGAAGCUUUUUCGAGGGUCCAAGAACUUUUCACUGGUGCUGACUGGGUCGAUAAUAGUGAUGAUGCUUUGUGGUUAUUCAAACAGCUAUCUGUAUUGAAUAAUGUAAAUGAUUUGUCCAUGCUUAGGAGUAGACUUGGUGGGUAUUCGUCACCUUUGGACUCCGAGGAAGAAAAUAAUGCAUCUAGCACCGCUGACAGUUUGGAUUUUUUGGACUCUGAAAAGGCUAGUAGUCUAACAUACACUAAUUCAGUGAUGAACUUCCAAGACGAGCCUUCAUCACAGGAUUCGGCUUCUGACGAAGCAUCUGAUUCAAGGCCAAAAAUAUUAAAUGAUGUUGUUUCUGCCUUUCCUCCUCCAGGAAAUGGCAUUCCAUUGGACACCAAUUCUGCUUUUGGAAAUUCGGCACAAUCAGUAAGUGAUCAACAAUCUUCAGUUUUAAGUGAAAAAGAUUCAUCGACUCCACCCCCUCCAGUAUCUAACGAUGUUGCUCCUUCAACUAAUGCUUACCACUCACCUUCAACGGCAGUACCUAUUUCUCACAAUUUAUCAAAUGGAUCGACACCACACCUUACAAAUUUCAGUGCAGGAGGCUGUGCACCUAUUAGUUCUAGUACAGGACCACCACCUGUGCCACCCCCACCACAACCUAUACCUUUUAGCUCUAGUAAAGGAACACCACCAACUCCACCUACACCGCCACCUCAACCUUUUAGCUCUACAAGAGGACCUCCUCCUCCACCGCCACCACCCCCACCUCCUUUCCCGAUUUCAGCUACCACUACAUUCAAAAGUUCUUCUGUGCCUGAUAGUAAUUGCAUUUCACCUUCCGAAUCAUCAAAAGGUAAAGGCCCUCCACCACCACCGCCGCCGCCGCCGCCUCUACAUCCUCAUUCAAUUUCUUCCGAAGGCCCUCUUCUGCCUCCCCCUCCCCCACCUCCACCUCCACCUCCACCUCUUCCUGCCUCAUCUAAGCAACCAUUGCCGAAAGUUCCAGUGCCGCCCCCUCCACCGCCUCCACCCUUGCCUUCAUUAUCAGUGGCCACUGCUUCAAGUAAGCCGCCGCCACCCCCUCCACUUCCAGGCCAAAAAAUAAGUGCUGCAGCAAGGCCGAUGCCACCUCCACCCCCUCCACCUCCAGGCCAAAAACCAAGUGCUGCAGCAAGGCCAAUGCCACCUCCACCCCCUCCACCUCCAGGCCAAAAAACAAGUGCUGCAGCAAGGCCAAUGCCACCUCCACCUCCUCCUGGACCACUUCGACAAGGAACAACAGUCCCACCUCCACAGGCACCAAAACCUCCUAGUGCUCCUCCACUUCCAGGCCGUGGUGCUGCAGCUGUCCCUCCUCCUCCAACGGGAAUCAAAGCCUCUGAUGCACCCCCACCCCCACCUCUGACCUCUGGUAAGGGACGGACUUCGUUGGGACCUGUAAGAGGUCGCACUACUACAGGUUCAUCAAUUCCACCUAAAAAGGCUUCAUUAAAACCCUUACAUUGGGUAAAAGUUACAAGAGCAGUGCAAGGGAGUUUAUGGGCAGAUACUCCGAAACAGGAGAAUCAGACAAGGGCUCCUGAAAUUGAUAUAUCGGAGCUUGAAAAUCUCUUCUCAGCAGUUUCUGUGUCGGAUAGCAAUGGCAAGGGAGCUAGACGUGCUUCCAAAAUUAGCAAACCAGAAAAAGUGCAACUGGUUGACUUGCGAAGGGCAUACAACUGUGAGAUUAUGCUCACAAAAAUCAAAAUUCCUCUACCGGAUAUGAUUAAUGCUAUUCUUGCUAUGGAUUCAAACGUCCUUGACAUCGAUCAAGUUGAAAAUCUUAUUAAAUUUUGUCCCACGAAAGAAGAAAUGGAUACUCUGAAGAGCUACACAGGAGAAAAAGAAAUGCUCGGAAAGUGUGAACAGUUUUUCAUGGAGUUGAUGAAGGUCCCACGAGUUGAAUCUAAGUUACGAGUAUUUGCAUUUAAAAUUAACUUCUCCGGUCAGGUUGAUGACUUGAAGCGUAAUCUUCUUACAAUAAAGAAUGCCGCCAGUGAGGUAAAAGAAUCUGGAAAGCUACGCCAAAUAAUGCAAACAAUUCUUACUUUGGGGAACGCCUUGAACCAGGGCACUGCUCGAGGAUCUGCUGUUGGUUUUAAGUUGGAUAGCCUUUUAAAACUAUCUGAUACUCGUGCAAGAAACAACAAAAUGACACUAAUGCAUUAUCUCUGCAAGCUCCUUGCUGAGAAACUGCCGGAGUUACUGGAUUAUGACAAGGAUCUUGGCCAUUUAGAAGCAGCGUCGAAAAUUCAAUUGAAAAAUUUGGCUGAAGAAAUGCAAGCAGUGAGUAAAGGUCUUGAGAAGGUUGAGCUGGAACUCACUGCUGCACAGAACGACGGACCAGUAUCUGCAGGCUUUCAGAAGGUGUUGAAAAGUUUCCUGGAUUCUGCUGAAGCUGAAGUCAGGUCAUUAAUCUCCUUGUACUCUGACGUGGGAAGAAAUGCAGAUUCAUUAUCUCAGUAUUUCGGGGAAGAUCCUGCUAGAUGCCCCUUUGAACAAGUGACACAAAUAUUGUUCGUGUUUACGAAGAUGUUCAACAAAGCUCGUGAUGAGAAUGCGCAGCAGGCAGAUGCGGAGAAAAAGAAAUUGGAAAAGGAAGCUCUGAAAGAACAAACAGCUGCUAAUGCUUCAGCAAAGAAAGAUAAUACUGAUUCUGAUACUCCUAAAGAUAUAAAAGCCAUGAUUCGUGAUCAAUACCUAUCUGCAAAGCAGAGGGAAACUCGUAAUAAUGGCACGGGCUUGACGUGAGGUGGAGUUUUGGAAAUGUUGCUGCUUUCUUGCAACUAUCUUAUGGAAUUAUUGCCAGAUUUUUACUCCAGUGGCCUAUCAGUCGACAUAAAUUAUGAUUUACAAACAUGUGGUCACUACUAUUAGUUUUCUGAGGUAUCUCCAAACUAGCGGCAUAUAAUUUAUUUGUUGUAUAGUUUCUGUAAUUAUUAUAGAUCACUUUUGUAUGACAACUAGAGUUGUCAGGCAGUUGAAACAGAUUUAAAAUAUAACGAGAACAGUUUUUGUAUAUACAGUUGCUAAUGCAGGAAUUUAUAAAGAA